AUGUCGAUUUUAGAAGAAGCCAGAGAACUUGUAAAGAACCAACAAUACGAACAGGCUGAAAAAGUCUAUCUGGACCUCCUCAACAGGGAUGUUAAGACCAUCUCGGAGAAGAAUAAGAACGAACAGGAGACAUGCAUCUUGGAAUUGGGAGAAUUGUAUGUCACAACUUCAGCAAAGGAGAAAUUACGAGACUUUAUCCCUCAUUCUACCGAAUACAUGAUGCAAUUUGCUAAAUCUAAGACCGCUAAGGUAUUAAAGACAUUGAUUGAAAAAUUCGCAAACGUUCCAGAUUCAUUAGAUGACCAAAUAUUUGUAUGUGAGAAGAGUAUUGAAUUUGCUAAGAAUGAGAAAAGAAUCUUCUUGAAACAUUCUCUCGAGAUUAAGUUGGCUACUUUGCAUUAUCAAAAGAAACAAUAUAAGGACUCUUUGCAACUAAUCAAUGAACUGUUGACUGAAUUUAAGAAAUUGGAUGACAAACCAUCCUUGGUUGAUGUUCAUCUAUUGGAGAGUCAAGUUUACCAUAAAUUAAGGAAUUUGGUUAAGUCCAAAGCUGCACUAACAGCGGCAAGGACUGCUGCUAACUCGAUUUAUUGUCCAUCUGUUACCAUGGCUGAAUUGGAUUUAAUGAGUGGUAUUCUACAUUGUGAAGACAAAGAUUAUAAGACAGCAUUUUCAUAUUUCUAUGAAAGUUUUGAAAAUUUCCAUAACUUAACUACCAAGAAGUCGUAUGAAAAAGCUUGUCAAGUUUUAAGAUAUAUGCUAUUAUCAAAGAUUAUGCUAAAUCUAAUUGACGAUGUUAAAAACAUUUUGAAUGCCAAAUACACAAAAGAAACUUAUCAAUCUCGCGAAAUCGAUGCAAUGAAAGCGGUAGCAGAAGCAUAUAAUAACAGAUCAUUACUUGAAUUUAACACGGUUUUGAAACAAUUCCAAAAGGAACUAAUGGGCGAUGAUCUUACCAGAUCUCAUUUUAAUGCUCUAUAUGAUACCUUGUUGGAAUCCAAUUUAUGCAAAAUUAUUGAACCAUUUGAAUGUGUAGAAAUAUCUCAUAUCUCAAAAAUGAUCGGAUUGGAUGCUCAACAAGUAGAAGGUAAACUAUCACAAAUGAUCUUGGAUAAAGUAUUUUAUGGGGUUCUAGAUCAAGGUAAUGGGUGGUUGUACGUUUACGACACGCCGCAUCAAGAUGCCACCUAUGAUUCCGCAUUAGAGCUGGUUGGUGAAUUAAACACCAUCAUAGAUCAACUAUUCGAAAAGGCAAGUAUACUAUAUUGA